UCCCAGCGUCUUUUCUUUGCAAUUGCACUACUUACCAAAUCAUAAUCAUCAUGUCACCUCACGAACAACACGUGUAUGCUGUAUGUGCAGUUGCAGCGGUGCAGCUUGAAUGCAUGAUCGACCAGCUGCAGUUCUCUUUCGCUCUCCAAUAUGCAUCUUGUCGCCAAGUAUUGGUCUAAACUACUGUUUCUUCCUUUUUUCUACUUCUCGGACGCUGGAGUUGGCCCCCAAGAUGAUCAUAACCUCCCUGUAGUUGAACACGGGCACCGCGUUGUGCAGCCGUUGAACGUUCCUGAUGCUCUUACCAGUACCGCGAAUCUCGAGGCCAUCAAAACGGUCGGCAUCACUAGCAUUCGGGCGACUGAUGUUUCCCUUGGUCUUCGACGGAUCCCAGUUGGCUUUCAUGUAACAGUACAGGCUGAUGGCGCUAAAUGGCAGACAACAAACAAAGUUGUACACAUCGAUCAGGCCGUUGUUGAAUGGAACGAGCGGAUACCCCUGCCAUUGGAGCCAUCUUCCAAAGUUUGGUUUCGGGUUUAUGCGUCAUUUGAAUCAAGUCCUAUGCUCGGUCAGGGAGAACCACUCCGCACAUUCGAAAUCUCUGUUGGUGAAUUGCUGGAUCGCAGUGAACGGGCAUGUCCCUUCACCUUUCAGCCUAAGGUGGGGGACGUUGUGUCUCCAUGUACUUCACUGUUCAUCACAGUGGAGCAGCGAAAUCUUCAUGAAGACGACGCCGCAGUUCCUUACCCCAUCACUCCCUCCACGUCUUCCGAGAUGCCCACGUGAAUGCUCAUGACAGAUGCCGGACAUCAUCUUCUCGCUCGAUACCACAGGACGCAAUAUGGGAGGGAUCUUGAUGUAUCUAUACAGCAUUUUGA